AGAAGUCCACCCUUCUAUUGUUUCCAAGCCACGCUCUCUUGACCACAACCCGGAAUUUUAUGAAGAAGAAGCCCUUUGGCCUGCUGACUAGAGCCACCACCUCACCCGCCACUGCAUCGACAAGAUGGCGUUUAAACGCUUCCAGAAAGGGUCGGCCGAGCAGACCUCCCGCAAGCCAGAGGGACCGUCGGCGGCGGCGAUUGUUGCCGAGCAGAAGAUCACGGCCAUCGCCGUCUUCCUCGGUGCGGUAGCCAGCAUUGGUGGCUUCAUGUUUGGCUAUGUCAGCGGUCAGAUAUCGGGCUUCUUCGAUAUGGAGGACUAUGGCCGCCGCUUCGGAGAACACAACGCCGCCACGGGCAGCAUAACCUUCAGUGCUGCUCGCCAGGGCGCGAUUGUCGGCCUCCUGCCUGCCGGGUGUCUCUUUGGCUCCCUCAUCGCCGGCAACAUCGCUGAUUCUCUAGGCCGCCGCAUGGCUAUCUCCGUGUCCGCUCUCUUUUGCUGUGUCGGCAAUAUUAUCGAAAUUUCGUCCCAGUCUUCUUGGCCUCAAUUCGCCGUCGGCCGCCUGGUGACUGGCCUCGGCAUCGGUUCUCUCUCGGUGGCCGUGCCCAUGUACCAGUCUGAGUCGAGUCCUGCUAUCCUUAGAGGCCUCCUCAUCUCUACGUAUCAGCUGUUUAUCACGCUCGGGAUCUGGACUGCUGAAAUGAUCAACUACGGCACCCACAACAUGACUACGUCGGCAUCGUGGCGCAUCCCCAACGGUCUGUCUUUCUUGUGGUCCCUGAUUCUUGGCGCUGGCAUCCUCGUCCUGCCCGAGUCGCCUCGACACGCCUACCGUAAGGGUCGUGAAGACGAGGCCCGUCGAACCAUCGCUCGGUUGGCAGGUCUCGAUAUCAACGCCGCCUCCGUCAACCAACAGAUUGAUGACAUUCGUGCCAAGCUGGACGAGGAGAGAGCCGGCGAGGCCACCAACUGGUAUGAGAUCUUCACAGGUCCCCGCAUGCUGUACCGGACGUUGCUGGGUAUCACUCUAAUGGCUGGCCAACAACUCACGGGUGCGAAUUUCUUCUUCUAUUACGGCACGACCAUCUUUCGGGCCACGGGCCUCAGCGACAGUUAUGUGACCCAGAUAAUUCUUGGGUCCGUCAACGUUUUUUGCACUUUUGGCGGUCUGUACGUGGUCAAGAAGUGCGGCAGGAGGAACGCCCUCAUGGCGGGUGCUGCUUGGAUGAUGGUCUGCUUCCUCGUCUACUCGUUCGUCGGCCACUUCAAGCUCGACCAGACCAACCCUGCGAACACGCCCGCGGCGGGCAACGUCCUCAUCGUCUUUUCUUGCCUGUUCAUCGUUGCUUUCGCCACCACCUGGGGUCCUCUCGUUUGGGCGGUCGUCGCCGAGCUUUAUCCUGCCAAGUAUCGCGCACCGGCCAUGGCGAUCGCGACGGCGAGCAAUUGGCUCUUCAACUUUUUGAUGAGCUUCUUCACGCGGUUCAUCACGGACGCUAUUGAUUAUCUCUACGGACUGGUCUUUGCGGGCUGCUGCGCGGUUCUCGUCUUGAUCGUCUUCUUUUUCAUGAUCGAGAGCAAGGAUCGCAGUUUGGAGGAAAUCGACACGAUGUAUUUGAUGCACGUCAACCCCAUUACCAGCAGCAAGUGGGACGAGAAGCACCUGUCGGAGAACAGCGACUCGAGCGAGCGGCAAUCGCGACAGAACUUGGACCACGGGGAGGAGCAUAUCGAGAUUCCUUGAAGAGCGGUGUUUCUAGGGCGGGGAUGGUGCAUUAGGCCUCGGUGGCCUGGCGUCAUGGUGUUUAUUUUUGCUAGGGUAUGUACAACUCGUUCGGUCUUGGACUGGGGGUAUGCGGGUUUGAAGGGUGUUCCUGGGGAAUACACAAAAAUGGGUGUUGCGGUAUUGUUACAUGGUUUCUGGGAUUAUGGCAUUCACAGCACUGCUUG